AAAAUGAAAGAAGAAAAAAUCCUGAGUUUUGAGACCCUGUGGCGCCACCUCCAGAGCAUAUUCUCCGUCAUCGACUGCCAAACUAUAUACCUUCUCGUUGAUGCCCUCGACGAAUGUGAAGAAGAGUCCCGACAAACCGUCCUUUCAUCCUUGUCAAGGAUGCCUAAAGUACUCUCUGGGCUCACAAAAUGUCAAAUCAAAGUUCUAGUGACCGCGAGACCAAAGACAGAAAUAGGGGAGACAUUAGGCCACGAGUGGAUCCAUCUCCGGGUUGACUCCGGGCUAGUGAAUGUCGACCUGAUGAAUUUCAUUAGAGCUAAGGUCAAGGAACUAUCCGACACCAAAAAGAAGCUCCCCGGGACUAUCGCUAAUGAGAUAGAGGAAAAAUUGACGCAGCAUGCUGGAGGUACCUUUCUCUGGGCUUCGCUUAUGCUCCACGAACUUGCUCGAAGUCCGAUACAUAAAAUGCGUCAGGUGCUUCAAAAUCUCCCUUCAGACCUCUACGAAAUUUAC